UUCACUGUCACGUGGUGGUUUCGCGCGAAAAGCGAGUCCCGGCCGGAAGAAGAAGUUUGUGCCGAAGCGACAGAAACAGACGCAGCAGCGAAACAUGGCGGAUUCCUCCGAGUCGUUCCACAUGGCCACCAGCCCCAGCCGAGCCUCCAGGAGAGGAGACAUGACGUCCAGCCCGGGACGAGACCUGCCUCCUUUCGAGGACGAGUCGGAGGGGCUGCUGGGAGACGGACCCGUGCCCGGAGAGGAGGUGGAGGAGGAGGAGGACGGAGAUGGGGAGGAGCUGAUUGGGGACGGGAUGGAGAGGGACUACCGUGCCAUCCCGGCUCUGGAUCAGUACGAGGCCGAGGGUCUGGACCUGGAGGACGAGGAUCUGUCGGAGCUGUCGCCUGGAGCCCGGGCCGCCGCCGAGGAGGCGAUGAGUCGGAGGGACAGGGAGCAGGGAGUCAGCGGGCGCCUGAGGAGAGGACUGCUCUACGACAGUGAAGAUGAAGACGACGAGCGGCCGGCGGCUCGGCGAAGGCGAUUGGCCGAGCGGGCGGCGGAGGGCGUCGACGGAGAGGACGAGGAGAUGAUCGAGAGCAUCGAGAACCUGGAGGACAUGAAGGGCCACACGGUGAGGGAGUGGGUCUCCAUGGCGGCUCCCAGACUGGAAAUCUACAACCGCUUCAAGAACUUCCUGCGAACCCACGUGGACGAGAACGGCCACAACGUCUUCAAGGAGAAGAUCAGCGACAUGUGCAAAGAGAACAAGGAAAGUCUGGUGGUGAACUAUGAAGAUCUCGCUGCCAGGGAACACGUGUUGGCCUACUUUCUACCAGAGGCUCCGACUGAGAUGUUGAAGGUUUUCGAUGAAGCAGCCAAAGAAGUGGUUCUGGCCAUGUACCCGAAGUACGGCCGCAUCGCCCACGAGAUCCACGUCCGCAUCUGCAACCUGCCGCUGGUCGAGGAGAUCCGCUCACUCAGGCAGCUGCACCUGAACCAGCUGAUCCGGACCAGCGGUGUGGUGAGCAGCUGCACCGGCGUCCUCCCUCAGCUCGGCAUGAUCAAGUACAACUGUAACAAGUGUAACUUCGUGCUGGGGCCCUUCUUCCAGUCCCAGAACCAGGAGGUGAAGCCGGGCUCCUGUCCCGAGUGUCAGUCCCAGGGGCCCUUCGAGAUCAACAUGGAGGAGACAGUUUACCAGAACUACCAGAGAAUCACCAUCCAGGAAAGUCCUGGUAAAGUGGCCGCCGGGCGCCUCCCUCGCUCCAAAGACGCCAUCUUGCUGGCCGACCUCGUCGACAACUGUAAACCUGGAGACGAGAUUGAGCUGACAGGAAUCUACCACAACAACUACGACGGCUCCCUGAACAUGGCCAACGGCUUCCCGGUGUUCGCCACCGUCAUCCUGGCCAACCACAUCACCUGCCGCGACGACGGGGUCGCCGUGGCCGAGCUGACGGACGAAGACGUGAAGGCCAUCGUGACGCUGUCCAAGGACGAGCGCAUCGGAGAGCGGAUCUUUGCCAGCAUGGCUCCGUCCAUCUACGGCCACGAGGACAUCAAGAGAGCUCUGGCUCUGGCGCUGUUCGGAGGAGAGCCCAAAAACCCAGGCGGGAAACACAAGGUGCGCGGAGACAUCAAUAUUCUUCUGUGUGGAGACCCUGGAACAGCCAAGUCCCAGUUCCUCAAGUACGUGGAGAAGGUGUCGAGUCGCGCCGUCUUCACCACCGGUCAGGGAGCGUCCGCCGUGGGGCUGACCGCCUACGUGCAGAGACACCCGGUGAGCCGGGAGUGGACGCUGGAGGCCGGAGCGCUGGUGCUGGCCGACCGCGGCGUCUGUCUGAUUGACGAGUUCGAUAAGAUGAACGACUCCGACCGGACGAGUAUCCACGAGGCCAUGGAGCAGCAGAGCAUCUCCAUCUCCAAAGCCGGCAUCGUCACCUCGCUGCAGGCCCGGUGCACCAUCAUCGCCGCCUCCAACCCGAUCGGCGGCCGGUACGACCCCUCCCUGACCUUCGCUGACAACGUGGACCUGACGGAGCCAAUCGUGUCGCGUUUCGACGUGUUGUGUGUCGUCCGAGACACAAUCGACCCCGUGCAGGACGAGAUGCUGGCUCGCUUCGUGGUCGGCUCCCACAUCAAACAUCACCCCAGCCACAAGGAAAGGGGCGUGGCCUUAGAGGACGUGGUGCUGCCCAACUCGUCCGACGUGCCGCCGAUUCCCCAGCAGCUGCUGAGGAAGUACAUCAUCUACUCCAAAGAGCGGAUUCAUCCCAAACUGAACCAGAUGGAUCAGGACAAAGUGGCUCGUAUCUACAGCGAGCUCCGCAAAGAGUCGAUGGCGACAGGCAGCAUCCCCAUCACCGUGCGUCACAUCGAGUCCAUGAUCCGAAUGGCCGAGGCCCACGCCAAGAUCCACCUGAGGGACUACGUGCUGGAGGACGACGUCAACAUGGCGAUCAGGGUGAUGCUGGAGAGCUUCAUCGACACGCAGAAGUUCAGCGUCAUGAGGAGCAUGAGGAAGACGUUCGCUCGUUAUCUCGCUUUCCGCAGAGACAACAACGAGCUGCUGCUCUUCAUCCUCAAGCAGCUGGUGGCCGAGCAGGUCUCCUACCAGCGCAACCGCUACGGCGCCCAGAACGACACCAUCGAGAUCCCAGAGAAGGAGCUGCAGGACAAGGCGAGACAGAUCAACAUCCACAACCUGUCUGCGUUCUACGACAGCGACCAUUUCCGCUCCAACAAGUUCAGCCACGACGGCAAAAAGAAACUGAUCCUGCAGCAGUUCUGAGUUUUCUGUCCUCUUCCUCCUCUUCCUCCUCUUCCUCCCUAACAGUGUUUCUUGAACUCGAUUUCUGGGCCCAUCUCUAUCGUUGUAGAAAACAGUGCUUGUUGUUGUUGUUGUUGUUAUCAUGUCGGAGUCGGACGUGUCACAAGUGAGAUGUUGUUUCCUUUGGGCUCUGAAGUGAUUUGAAAAUGUCUGAAGAGAGAGAAGGAGCUGGGAGGACGUGUGUGAACAGGGAGGAGUCAGUUUUCAUCCAAUCACAGCUCGGAGCGGAACACAGACGAGGAAUUUGGUUCGACCAUAAAAUGUGCUGACAAGCGAUGGAGGAAACGGAAGCAGCUGAUUCCUCACAGAUGAUGAUGUACGGUUUCCAGCGGUUAUUUAAAAUGUUGGUUAUAACUGGGAAUGAACAAGUAGACGUGUGUUCAGGACGUUAAAGGUUCAGUUAAUGUUUCUACCUGAUGUUACGCUGCAUCGCCACAAAAUAAGAGUGGAUCUAAAAUCAGUUCAGUAAAAAUACAGAAUUAAAUAUAAGAAUUUAAUGUUUCAGAAAAAUAUGCCGAUCCUCUGUUUUCUGUCUGUAUCUGUCCCCACGAGGGCCGAGUGUAAAUAAAUGUAAAUGUUUUUGUUCUUGUUGUCGUAGAAAAAUACUUUUCUUCUCAUUCUGGUGGAAGUUCGACCUGAAGAUUCCAACAUAAAAAGAUUUUGUAUGUUAAAACGAACCCGUGUUUAAUGUUUCUACUGUGGAAACUCACUUGAAGUUGGAUUGUUGGUGUUUUGAUAAUAAACUUGUUUGUUUAACUUC